GAGCACAGUGACAGCGUGACAAAAAUGAGCGUUCAGUCUAGUGAUUUGGAUGGUGGCUGUAGGAUUAGACUGGAUGAAUUUAUAUUUUGAGAACAUCUGUUGUGUCCCCGGCUUGUGUUUAAGAUGGAUUGGCUAUAUUUGAGAAAGACGGCUUUGUUCCUUGACAUGCUGGUGGUUUUCAUCCUGCAUGUGAGCACUGAUGCACAGGGUAAUGGCUCCCAGUGUCCUGUCUUUAAAGUUCAAAGAGGGACUGUACAUAAAGCCUGUAUAAAUAAGCCUUUCAAGAUCUCCUGCAAUUUGGUGCAUUGUGGUGAUCAGACAAUCAAUGUGACAUGGACCAAAGAAAACUUAAACAAAUGGAUUCCAGUAUCUGGAGCAGAUCAAAUGUCAUUGUCACAGAACAAUUUAUCAUCUAAACUGUUAACUUCAUAUUUAACGUUCACAAAUAUAUCGAAGCAUCAUGAUGGUCUCUACAGAUGUGAACUACAGUUACUGAACUCGUCAACAGUUAGCCAUCAUAUUAAUGUUUCUGUCUCAGAUGACAUGAUGGAAGAUGAAAUGUCUUGCAUUGAAAUGACAACAGAAAGAGAAAACACUGAUAGCGGCUCUAAUUCGUAUCCAUGGUGGCUGCCAUAUCUCUGCAUCUGUUUGGGUGUAGUGAUUCUGGUUGUCAUAGUAAUACUCAUCUCUAUCCUGUGUAUUAAUGGAUGUAAAAGUUCAAGAAGAAAGAAUGCACAGAGAGCGCAGCUUCAGUAUACAGCAACAUCUGUCUUGUCAUCACCAAGACCCAGUGUUCUGAAACGGGAUGAUUUUGUCUGUGUCCAGUACUCUGAAGAACCACAGCAGCAACAUGCACAUGACAGCAACACAAGCAAUUUAACAUUACCACCCGGACAGUCUACAUCACACGUUGCCAAUUGUAGUGAUGAUCCUUUGUCUAACAGGAGAGAAAGUCAGGUUGUAUAUGCAUCUCUGCAUCACCUCGCACCAACACCAUCAUCUGCUACACCCCGUCAGACACAAGAGGAGUUUUCUGAGUAUGCAUCUAUCCGGGUCUCCUGAUUUCCGUUUGUUAGUUAUGCAUAACCAGAGUUAAACAACAUUGUCUCCAAACUUAAAGAGUGAGGCAGUACAGUGCUGUUGAUCUAUUCUGUCUAGCAGGAAGCAGGAGAUGUGUGCAUAUAUUUUCAAACUGCACGGUACAAAUCAUCACAUGGUUUACUUUCCUCAUUACAUCACGGAAAAUAGUUACUGUGAGUUCAGUGUGGUUUCUAUAAGUGAACCUCAUACCAGUAAUCAUGUGCCUGAUGCAACACAUCCAUAUCCUGAGGACUAGUCUAAGUGUUAUGCACUUAAAACCUAAAAAUGAAUAUUACUGUUGAUGUUCCAGCUAAAUUUUGUUUUGGCUAGUAAAGAAGAUUAUAAGGUUAACUCAUGCAAGUAUCUUGGUACAGUAAUAGAUUAUCAUGAGAAGUUAAAUAGGGUGGAAAUGCAAAUCUUGUUGUCUCAAAGCACAUAAGUGAUUAUAUUUACUUUAUAAGACUUUCUGAUAUGGACAAAUCUAUACUGACAGUGUUUUAUAGAUCUUUUUCAUCUGUUUUAGCAUUUUGCUGAUUUUAUGAAUUAUAGAUUUAAAAUCUUUUGUUGUUGUUUUCUUUUUUAAUAGAUUAAAAUCUUUUGUUUCAAAUGCAGUUUUGAUAACAAACAUUUCUGUAAAGCACAAAGAUACAGGAUGUACAUUUUUAACAUCUUUAAUACAUGAGGAAAUAGUGUAUUGCCUGGGUUUGUGGAUGUGUAUGUUGUGGGGUUUUUUUUAUAUUAGGGGAGGAAUGGGGGGAAAAGCCCCCUUUGGAGUAAAUAACCACUAGAUUAAUUCAAGAUAAUAUUUUGUUGUAACAAUGGACUAUGUUAUCAAGAGUGAUGUAGAAGCAUUCACCAUGAAGUUUACCCUGGUGAUACCUGAGCUUGUUGUUUUGUAGAACAUCACAGUACGUAUGAUAGCCUGUAGAUAGGGAGUAUGUGUUAUUUAAGAAAAAUAUAAUUAUAUUGUGUAUAUAUAUAUAUAUAUAUAUAUAUAUA